UCUUCAACUCUCCGAUCACUUCUCAAUUAGCUCUUAUUACAUCGUUUGUUUUACUACUUAAAUCACAAAAAAAGAUUAGAGUCUCUUGUUGUUACAACAAAUGACGAUCUUCAAGAUUCUUGUAUUGUUAUUGAGUUUGUCUUGUUUCUCUCAAGCACAGCUUUCUCCUACUUUCUACGACCAAACUUGUCCAAACGCUCUCUCAACCAUCAGAUCAUCAAUCCGAUCCGCAAUCAGCCGUGAGCGUAGAAUGGCUGCUUCUCUUAUCCGUCUUCAUUUCCACGACUGCUUCGUCAAUGGUUGUGAUGCAUCGAUCAUGCUCGUGGCAACUCCUAACAUGGAGAGUGAGAGAGAUUCACUAGCAAAUUUUCAAUCGGCAAGGGGGUUUGAAGUUAUCGAUCAAGCCAAAUCCACUGUGGAGAGUAUAUGUCCCGGCGUUGUUUCUUGCGCUGAUAUUAUUGCCGUUGCCGCGAGAGACGCUUCUGAAUACGUCGGAGGUCCAAGAUAUGCGGUGAAGGUUGGUAGGAGAGAUUCCACCGCCGCGUUUAGAGCUAUUGCAGACAGUGGCGAUCUCCCCAGCUUCAGCGCAAGCCUCGACACACUCUCUGAACUCUUUCUUCGAAAAGGACUCAACACUAGAGACCUCGUCGCUCUCUCAGGAGCUCACACCUUGGGGCAAGCUCAAUGCUUCACGUUCAGGGAUAGGCUUUACGACAACUCGAGUGACAUCGACGCAGGAUUCUCCAGCACACGUAAGCGUCGUUGUCCGGUCAACGGUGGAGAUACGACUGGAGCACCUCUAGAUCAAGUGACACCAAACUCGUUCGACAAUAACUAUUACAGAAACUUGAUGCAGAAGAAAGGUCUUUUGGCGAGCGAUCAAGUUUUGUUCGGAACCGGAGCUUCAACAGACAGUAUUGUGACGGAGUACAGCAGAAACCCAUCUAGGUUCGCGUCUGAUUUUGCAGCUGCAAUGAUCAAAAUGGGAGAUAUUCAGACACUCACUGGUUCAGAUGGACAAAUCCGAAGGAUCUGCUCUGCUGUUAAUUAAAAGAGUUAUUAUAAUAUAGUCUUCUCUCCGAGAAAGUCUCAAGAGUAUUAAAAAUCCAAAUUGUUACAUGUUUACAUGUAUAUCAUCCAUUUGAUUCAUUAUUGUUGUAAUUGUGCGUACGUAACUAAUUUCCUGCAAUAAUUCGUUUGUUAUUUGAAUAUAUAUUGGAAUUAAUAAUUUGGCA